GAGAUCGAGGACUAUAAUCGUCCACGGUGUAAGAAAACAACAUGUCUACUACGGAAUCGUGCGACGAUGAUACAAGCUCGACACGCCGACCGAGGGAGAGCAGAAUUCAUAGCGUCGGUUUGCCAACUAAAACUUCUCUGCUUCCGGAACCACCACGCACCGGAAAUGACGUACCGCCGCCAAUACCACGCCGACAUUCUGCCACGCCGGCGGUAGCACCACCCCCGAUUCCAUUGAGGCCGCCGGCGAUUCCGAAGAGAAGCAAGAACGAAAAACCUAUACCGCUGCAGCUCACAAUCAGGCAGAGUAAUCAAGUGACUCCUUGCAAGACAAGUGAUCCUUCGUCCGCACCUUCGGCAGGAAUGUCGGCUGCGUGGAACAGCGUUGACUCGUCGAAUCGAAAACUUAUAGAUUUAUGUUCUUUCAGAAAUCAUAAUCAGGCGUCACAGGAUUACUUGGUGAAUUAUAGCGGGAAGGACUCGCGGGAAACGAAAGAGCAUAACGAUUUUGUGGCUGAUUUCGAACAAGCGAAUUUCCAGGAAGGACAUAAGCUCACCCAAAAUUCAAGUUUCGAGGAAUUGCAAAAGGUCUCCUUGGAUCUUGAAAAACGGCUUCACGAAAGAAUUAUUAAAAGCGCCGAGGCAAAGUUCGAGGAUCCGAAUGGCCGUCAACGACAGUUGGGCACGAUGUCACGACACAAUAGACAGCAAUUAUCAAAAUUUACGAAAGAGAACGAAUCUGGCAGCUGCGAACAGAAAGAAACAUCCGAAAGCAAGCCUAGGGAAGAAAUGGCGUUACCGCGAAGGGAGAUUUUUCAAAAAGAUGAAUUAAAGUACGCAACGAUUUUGACUUCCGGCCGCGAACGACGAUCGAAGUUCGAGGAUUUGCAGGUCGCCUCGAAGAAUCUAGAGAGGCGUUUGCAUGAGGACGACGAAUACCGUCGACGUCAGGAGAUGGACAGACGGAUAAAUAAGGACAAGCCACCCAGAUACGAGGACUUGGAAGGAAUUCCACACGAUCUCGACAAACGUUAUCACGGUGAACAGAGGGCUUUGGAACAGCAACAACAGCAUCCAAUAAUGCGAAGCAAAUACGAAAGCGACAUGGAAAGGGCUAGAAAUAUUCUUCAGCAUAAUCUGAGAAAGGAGCGAACUGGUAACGAGAAACUCGAGAAAUUGCCAAAAGCAACACAGACGAAUCUACCACCACCCCUGAGCGCCAUUUGUCAGAGUCCCGUACCAAAACCUAUCAGCGUCCGGCAGGACAGUAACGUUUCCUCAGACAGUUUCAGUCAAACCAGCUCGCCUAGCUACACUAGCAAGACAAUGGAAGCCCCCCUUCUGCCUCAUAAGCACGGAAAAGUCCCAGACAGAGCCUUGGUGUCGGAACCUGAUAACUCAUCUGGCAGACCGAUAACAAAGUCUACGAGCACGCCAGCCAGUUUGCAGACUAUCGUCAGGAUGCAUGCUGGGAACAACAGUUCCUUGCAUCAUAAAAUAAUCAGAGACAUGACUGGCAGCCACUACGUGACAACGGGAAGAUUACGUUUCAGAUUUGUGCAGGUUUUGCUUAAUGCUGUUGCUCUCUUGGCUAUCGCCGGCGGUUUAGCCGCAUACUUCAAAACCUACCCUGAAAACGAUCUCAAAUUGGAGAAUAGAACCAUAUACACGGCUGUGAUCCCGAUACCUGAAAGUACGCGUUUCAUAAUCGAAGACAAGAAUCCGGCUCCGGGAGUGUGUCUACCCAUCAUCGUAACUUUCUGCCAACAGCACAAGGUUCCGUACAACUAUACUGUGUUUCCAAAUUACAUGGGCAAUUUCGGACAGCGAGAGGCCCAGCACGAAUUGGAGCUUUACGAUGCUGUCGUUGACGUCAGAUGUUAUGAACUAGCUGCUCUAUUCCUUUGUAGCGUUUUCGUACCGAAAUGCGGCUAUCGUGGUCGCGUUGUACGUCCUUGUCGUAGCCUCUGCUAUCAAACCAAAAGACGCUGCGGUUUUUUUCUGAAAGUUUUCGGUUUGUCUCUCCCGGAUUAUUUGGAGUGCGAACUUUUCCCGGAAAAUCCGAGUUCCGAUGAGUGCAUCGGGCACCAUGAGGUGAUCGAAGCGGCAAGGAGAGCCGAAAAACCGGUGUGCACCAGUGGUUUUCAAUGCGAUGGCACAAGGUGCAUUCCGUUCGAUUGGCGAUGCGACGGUCAUCUCGACUGCUCCGAUCACAGCGAUGAGAUCGGUUGCGGGAAUUGUAAUUCCACCACAUCUUCGGAGCCGGUGUCUUCCGCGUUUGGCCAAAUAGUCUUAAGUAAGGGAUCUUCGACUAAAAGUACCCUUUCUACAAAAUCUUCGUUACACUGCGGUGAAAGAAGGUGCAUGUCAGCCAGCCAUAUCUGCGAUGGAGUCAUGGAUUGUCCUUGGGGGCAGGAUGAGCGAUAUUGUCUGAAAUUAAGCCAUAGGAACGGGGAUGUCGGCGAGGGCCGUCUAGAGGUAUAUCAUGCUGAAAUGGGUAAAUUUAUGCCAGCAUGUGUCUCGCACUGGGAACCGACAACGUCGCCGCAAGAGGUUUGCGCUAUGCUGGGAUACAAGGGAACAGUAUCAAACGGAACUAAGCUGAUGAAUGACUCAUUAUCAAUCGUGUUAAGUUCUGAAUACCGUAACAAAAAUUUACUGAAGCAAUUUCAAGGAUGCAUCAAGGAUCGAGAGCCUUAUCCCAUGGUCAAACUUACUUGCGUCGAUUAUGCUUGCGGCCGCAGACGUUCUGUAUACGGAAACGUGAGGGUGAAGCGAAUAGUGGGUGGUGUGGAGUCAGCUCCUGGUGAUUGGCCAUUUCUUGCAGCCCUUCUUGGCGGUCCAGAACAGAUCUUCUACUGUGCCGGAGUUCUUAUUGCUGAUCAAUGGGUGCUGACCGCAUCUCAUUGCGUUGGGAAUCAUUCAGAGAUAUCCGGUUGGACGAUACAGCUUGGCAUUACUAGAAGACUUUCUCAUACUUAUCUCGGUCAAAAACUGAAAGUUAAAAGAGUCAUACCUCACCCGUAUUACAACCUGGAUGUUGCUCACGACAAUGAUGUCGCUUUGUUUCAACUUGAGAAGCGAGUUCAGUAUCAUGAACAUCUGAGACCGGUGUGCUUACCGACUGCUGACACUAAUCUUACACCCGAUACAAAUUGUACUGUUAUUGGAUGGGGCAAGAAAAACGAUACCGAUUCCUCUGAAUAUGAGCCAGCCGUAAACGAGGUUGUAGUUCCUAUUCUGCCUCGACAUCUCUGUAAUUCAUGGUUAGCGCAUAAAGAAUUGAAUGUCACCGAUGGAAUGAUCUGCGCUGGCUAUGCGGAUGGAGGAAAAGAUGCAUGCCAAGGCGAUUCUGGAGGACCUCUGUUAUGUCAAGAUAAGGAAGAUAAGGAUAGAUGGUACGUUGGCGGAAUUGUUAGCUGGGGCAUAAAAUGCGCUCAUCCAAAACUGCCUGGAGUCUACGCUUACGUACCCAAAUACGUAACGUGGAUCCAAAAAGAAAUGUCUAAGUACUCCGAGUAUAACAGUAGAAGUAAUGGAAAACUGUAAGGCACCGAGUUGGAUAAAAUAUUCGAUGUAAAAAUCAGCAACGUAGAAACAAAU